CGCCCCUGCGCGGGCACCGCCCGGCUCGGCCUGACAGGAAGGCGGGGCUUUGUUGGUGGCGGGAGGGAUGGGAGUCCCUGGCACUGCGAACUUCAGGAACUUUUAAAAAUCAAGUUCGCGAUUACAAACCGCCCGUCCCGGUGUCUCUCUAGAAGAGACCGUGCCAACUGGGGAAUUCUCGGUCUGACUGUGGCCCUGCUGUUGCCUCUGGGCAGACGAUGUAGCCUUUUCGUUUGGUGUUCUUAAACAAGUCGGGCAGGAAGCAGCGCAGACUACCCCAGAGCUAGCAGGUGGGGAGGGCGAAGCCGCUUCAGAGCCCGCCCGGGCCACAGAGUGUGGACUACCGUCUCACCUCCGCCAGGCGUCCUUGGCGUCGGCGUCAGCGGUGACGCCGUGCCCCCGGAACCGGCUGACAGGCGGAGUUGUCCUCGGCCCCGCCCCCAACAGCGCCUCUGCGCACGCGCCAGCAACGAGGGGGCCCAGAGGAGGAGCGUCGGCGCUGGGUAUCCAUGGCGACCGGACGCGGCCGGCUCCUGCAGCUGCAAUGGCAGUGCCUCUUGGCGCGGCCCCAGCCGCUUGGCUGCUUUGGCUCAGCUUUCGGGAGCCCCGGGGCUGCCGCGGGGCGCUCAGGGUUCAGAACGAGGCCAGGCGCCACGCUGCCCGCAGGCCCCGCUGCCCUGAGUCGCUGUGCCCGGCAGGACAAGGCCUAUGGGAGGCCCCACGAUGGCUGCUCUGCGUCCCUGGACAGUUUGCCCUCAGAGCUCCUGCUGAAGAUCCUGUCCUACCUGGAUGCAACGGCCCUGCUGUGCGCCGGGUGCGUGAACAGGCGCUUCUAUCACCUGGCCAGUGACAAUUUUAUUUGGAUCAGAAUCUACUCAGCUGCCUUUUCACCUAAAAGAUCUCAUUGGAGAGUUGAUCCGGCAGAGAAGACAGACUUGUCUGUGAACUUACUGUCAGCAGGGGAUAAAGAAGCUGGAUAUUGGAAGAAAGAGUAUCUUAAGAAACAGAUAGCGUCUAUAAAGGCGGCUCUAGCGCGGGUUCUCAAACCUCUGCACCCCCACACAGGCCUCCCAUUGAAGACCAAGGAGGCCCUCAGAAUGUCUGGCUUAGGCUGGGUGAUCAUACUGAGAGGGGACGAUGGAAGAGAGUACACCAUGGAGCACGCACACCUCUCCUUCAACGACUCCUCCGUCACGGUCGUGUGGUACAGCAAGGCCUGGCCGCCGCUCGCCACGCUGUCCACCUUGGACCUGUGUGGGGUGACGCCGGUGUUCAUGGGCCAGUCCAGGACCCCCACCAGGAUCAGGCCCCGAUGGCAUUCUCUGAUCACCAAGUACCAGCUGAGCCAGCUGAGUGAGUCCAGCGCAGUGGGCGGCGACAGGCUGACGCGGGUCUUCUGCCUGCCCCCCGGCCUCGUGGUGGGGCUCUGGAAGAGGGAGGAGGAGCUGGCGUUCGUUAUGGCAAACCUGCAUCUGCACCUCCUGGUGGAGAGGAGCAUGCUGGGGUCGCCUGUUGUCCCCUACGAGCCGCCGCCUCACGCGCCCGUCUCGGACGACAGCCCCGAGCGAGGACUGCACGGCUACCGGCUCCACGUGGACAUGCACAACGGCGGCGUGUCCUGCCUCUGCGGCUCCUUCUGCAACCUCUCCGCCAACAAAGGAUGCCUUGAAAAUGAAUACAUGAAGCUCAGUGUGAUAAGUUUUAAAAAUAAUACAGAACACCUACCUCUUAUUGGAAAAGUUGGCCUUUCUUGGAAAACUAAUAGUUUUGAUGGCUGUAUAAAGAGUUGCUCUAUAAUGGACUUAACUCUUUUGGAGGAGUACGGGAAACCCUUCUGGUGUUUCAGCUCCCCGGUUUGCGUGAGAUGCUGUCCCGGGCCCUCUCACGGCCCUCAUUUCUUGGGGGAGGCAUACUAUGUGGACUACUCAGAUUCGGAAGGCAGGCUGCACAUGGAGCUGGUGUGGAUCGAAGAGACGGAGGAGUACUUUAUCGUCAGCCUGGCUCUCUACCUGCGGUUGGCAAAAGUAAACCAGUGGUUUGGGACAAAAUACUAGCAGCAGCAAUCGGUGGCAAAUUAUUAUUGCUGUUUGUUUUCAUUGGACUAACUGGUUUUGUUCUUGGUGUUUGUCUUGAGUUAAAAUAAAGCACUGGUCUGUU